UUGAGCUUUCCCAUGAAAAUAACGAUUUCCUCGGCCUCCUCCACCUCAUGUGGCAUUACGCUUAACUGCCCAAGAAGGUUAGUUUGGCCACAGCAUAGAAGAAGAAGCAAGCAAAGCCUCCCAAUAAUCCCGUCCUUCAUGAUCGUCUCAAAGUUGAAUGCAGAGUUACAGCAAGUGCAUCCACGGCGAUCAGCUCAGUACCAUCCCAGCAUUUGGGACCUCAAACUCAUUGAGUCCUUAAGCACCCCCUACACCUUUGAGUUGUAUGGCACCCGAAUGGAGGAGUUGAAACGAAGCGCUAAAUGCUUGCUGACGUCCACCAAAGACCCUUGUGCUCUAUUAAACCUUGUUUCCACGAUGCAGCUGUUAGGAGUUGCUUACCACUUUGAAAAGGAGAUUGAAGAGGUUCUUGCUCUUUUGUAUCCACAUCUCACUACCAAUCUUCACAUCACUGCUUUGCAGUUUCGAGUUUUAAGACAACAUGGUUUUUCGAUUACCUCAGACGUGUUUGACAAAUUCAGAAGCAGCGAUGGGAGAUUCAUGGACAGCUUAAGCAGUGACAUGGAGGGACUUCUUAGUUUGUAUGAAGCCUCUCAUCUUGGAAUGCAUGGAGAAAAUAUUUUGGAAGAAGGCAAGGAUUUUAGCAUCAAAAACCUGAAAUCUUUGAUGGGAAAAUUGGACAGUGUUUCAGCUAAGCAAGUGAAAAAGUCACUGGAAAUCCCCCUGUAUUGGAGGAUGCCAAGAGUUGAAGCUCGGAGCUUCAUUGAUGUGUAUCAAAGAGAUAUGGCAAAGAACUUGACUUUGCUUGAGCUGGCUAAACUGGAUUACAAUUUAGUGCAAUUUGUAUAUCAACAAGAAGUUAAAGAGUUAUCAAGGUGGUGGAGAGAGUUGGGUUUUAAAGAUAAGCUAACUUUUUCAAGGGACAGGUUAAUGGAGAAUUAUUUGUGGGCCAUGGGGAUGAUUUUUGAGCCCCAGUUUUCCAAGUGCAGGAUAGGCCUCACCAAAUUUGUAUGCAUAUUAUCAGCUAUUGAUGACAUGUAUGAUAUAUAUGGAUCGCUGGAUGAGCUUGAAUGUUUCACUGAUGCUGUGGAUCGAUGGGAAAUGGAGGCCAUGGAGGACCUUCCAGAGUACAUGCGGAUUUGCUAUCUUGCCAUGCUUAACUUUGCUAAUGAAGUGGUCUUUGAUGUUCUCAAAGAUCAUGGUUUGAAUUCGUUCCCCUACAUUAAGGAAGCGUGGGCAAAUCUUUGUCGAUCAUAUUUGGUAGAAAGACGAUGGUUUUCCAGUGGAUACACUCCAACUGUGGACGAGUACUUAGAAAAUGCAAGGAUUUCUGUGGGUGGUCCUUCAGCCAUAGUCCAUGCUUAUGUUCUGCUUGGGUGCACCAUAUCUAAAGACGCACUUGAUUGCUUAAAGCGUGGCUCUGAGCUUAUAUAUUGGGCAUCCCUCAUAACUCGACUAAGUGAUGAUUUGGGGACUUCCGAGGCUGAAAGCAAGAGAGGUGAUGUGGCGAAAUCCAUAGAGUGCUACAUGGUACAAGAAAGUGUAUCCAAAGAAGAAGCUCAAGAUCACAUAAAGAGAUUAAUCAGCUAUUCAUGGAGAAAGCUGAAUGAGGAGAGUGCCAAAAAUUCCAUGCCAAAGUCCAUUGUCAAGAUGUCAUUAAACAUGGCUCGCACUGCUCAGUUUCUCUUUCAAAAUGGAGAUGGUAUUGGGACAUCGACUGGGGUGGUUAAAGAUCAUUUGACCUCGUUAAUUAUCAAACCAAUCCCCUACUGAACAAAAAUAGUGUGAGCAAAGUACUGAAUUAAUUAUCAUGAUUCAUAAAUAUUUGUUAGUACAGAAAUGUAAAACAGAGAAAUAAAUGCUCAGAAAGUAAGUUAUAUAGGCCCUUUCCUUAAAAAGUUAUUUGUCCCACCAAUUAUAAUCAAUUGGAUUGUACUGAUUUGUAGCAAACACUUCUCCAAGAUACAAAAGAAAUAAA